AUGGCUGCGAUAAAGGCCGUGAACGCCAAGGCGGAGGUGGCGCGGGCGCGGGCGGCCUUGGCUAUCAAUAUAUGCGCCGCCCGAGGGCUGCAGGAUGUGCUGCGGACCAACUUGGGUCCUAAGGGCACCAUGAAAAUGCUUGUUUCUGGUGCAGGUGACAUCAGACUCACCAAAGAUGGCAAUGUGCUGCUCCGUGAGAUGCAAAUUCAACAUCCAACAGCUUCUUUGAUAGCCAAAGUAGCAACAGCUCAUGAUGAUGUCACAGGAGAUGGUACUACUUCAAAUGUUCUAAUUAUUGGAGAGUUACUAAAACAAGCUGAUCUUUAUGUUUCUGAGGGUCUGCACCCUAGAAUAAUAGCUGAAGGAUUUGAAGCUGCAAAGAUAAAAGCACUUGAAGUUUUGGAGAAAGUUAAAGUAAAAAAGGAGAUGAAAAGAAAAAUCCUCUUAGAUGUCGCUCGAACAUCUCUACAAACUAAAGUUCAUGCUGAACUGGCUGAUGUGUUAACAGAGGCUGUUGUGGAUUCUGUUUUGGCAAUUAGAAGACCAGGUUACCCUAUUGAUCUCUUCAUGGUAGAAAUCGUGGCAAUGAAGCACAAGUCAGAAACAGAUACAAAGUUGAUCAGAGGAUUAGUUCUGGAUCAUGGUGCCCGACAUCCAGACAUGAAGAAGCGAGUGGAAGACGCAUUUAUCCUUACUUGCAAUGUAUCACUAGAAUAUGAAAAAACGGAGGUGAACUCUGGUUUCUUUUAUAAGACUGCAGAAGAGAAAGAGAAAUUAGUAAAAGCUGAAAGAAAAUUUAUUGAUGAUCGAGUACAAAAAAUAGUAGCCCUGAAAGACAAAGUCUGUGCUGAAUCCAGUAAAGGGUUUGUUGUCAUUAAUCAAAAGGGAAUUGAUCCAUUUUCCUUAGAUAUUCUUGCAAAACAUGGAAUAAUAGCUCUUCGCAGGGCAAAAAGGAGAAAUAUGGAAAGACUCUCUCUUGCUUGUGGUGGAGUGGCUGUGAACUCUCUUGAAGACCUCACUGUAGAUUGCUUGGGACAUGCUGGUCUUGUAUAUGAGUAUGCGUUAGGUGAAGAAAAGUUCACUUUUAUCGAGGACUGUGUUAACCCUCUCUCUGUUACUUUGUUGGUUAAAGGUCCAAAUAAGCAUACUCUCACACAAAUCAAGGAUGCCUUAAGAGAUGGACUUCAUGCCAUCAAAAAUGCCAUUGAAGAUGGUUGUGUGGUUCCAGGGGCUGGUGCGGUUGAAGUGGCAAUAGCUGAAGCUCUUGUUGUAUACAAACACAGUGUAAAAGGAAGAGCUCGUCUUGGGGUCCAAGCUUUCGCUGAUGCCUUACUCAUUAUUCCCAAGGUUCUUGCUCAGAAUUCUGGUUGUGACCCACAGGAAACACUAGUAAACAUUCAGGCUGCGCAUUUAGAAUCAAAACAACUUGUUGGCAUAGAUUUGAAUACAGGUGAGCCAAUGGUGGCAGAAGACGCAGGAGUUUGGGAUAAUUAUUGUGUUAAAAAACAACUUCUUCACUCUUGCACAGUGAUUGCCACCAACAUUCUCCUGGUUGAUGAAAUUAUGCAAGCUGGGAUGUCUUCUCUCAAAGGGUGAUUGAAUUCAAAAUCAACUCUUCU